AUUUAGUUAUUGUAAAACUUGGUUUAGAAAUGUUCGAUCUAAUUUUGUCCAAUAGGCGCGUACAACCAGGGAAUAAAGAGAAUAUUUCAGUGCAUUCAAGAUGAAUGGGAUAUUCUUGGAUUUCAGUUAAGUAUAGUUCUUUCUACACACAUUUUACUGAAAUUCAUCACAACCCUCCAAAGAUAUUCUUGUAGUAAAUUCGUACUGAAGUGAAAUUAACGAACUCUCAUAUUCAAAUACAUCAUUCUUGCUUUAUUAAAUUUAUAUAUUGUUGUGUUUUGGUACGGAUAAAGCAUUACGCCAGCUCUUGUAAAUAACGUAGUUCAUAUUGUUUCCGGCAGGGAAAAGACUCUCGCACCUGGUGAAGCUACGCUCGUAAAAAAAGCUAACUUCCCACCAGUAUAAUACUUUCAGUCCUUGAUGUCACGUGCAAAUAUCAGAGUAGCAAGGCUCAAGCAAGCGAUAACUAUCUGUCGAUGCUGAUACUGUAAACUGGUUAAAACCUGAUUUAAAACGUGGAAAAGCUUCCACUUCUAGCUUUUGAAACGUGGAGACAAGUUUCAGUCACCGAGAAUCUGAACAUUGACCGAUGGAUAAAAUAACGCGACUGUUAUUUUUGAGUACUUUCUUCUUUGCUGUGGAAGGAGACACCACCAAGUAUUUUGGUAAAUACAUUGCUGACUUUAAGACUAAUGCCCAUGGAGUCACGGGAAAAGCUUAUGCAGCAAGUUCAACUACGUUCUACAUAAGUGAAUUUUACUACGAUGGAAAAGGAUCAGAUGCUUUUUUUUGGGUUGGAAACACAGAAAAUCCUUCCCCUCAGGGAGAAAUCGUACCAAAUGAACUUGGAAGCCAAGAAAAUAUAGGGACGUAUACCAACAGAAACAUUACCAUUACGUUGCCAACGGGAAGAACGAUCAACCAGUUCAAGUGGUUAAGUGUAUGGUCUCGUCAAGAAGCCCUUGACUAUGGCCACGCCCUCAUCCCAAGAGACUUCGUGCCUCCAGUAGAACAGUCCAUUGGACCAAUCAAGUCAUUUGCACAUGGAGUUCGUGCAGAUUCUGUGGUUAUUAAAGAUAGCAAGACUAUCUAUCUGUCCAACUUUUACUAUGACGGCUCCGCCCCAGAUACCUAUUUUUUAGUGGGCAGUGGAAAGCCGAAUGGUGGUGGAACCAAAGUACCCGAUGAAACAGGAAGCUUAUCUAAAAUUAAGGGUUACAAUGGGAAGAACGUCAGCCUUCGACUGCCAGGUACGUUAACUGUGUUUGACAUCAACUGGCUAAGUAUCUACUGCAUCCUUGCCUCGGAGAGCUUUGGACAAGUGGAUAUCCCUGAUCGCCAAAAUCUCAAUGUACCCGCAGACCUGAAGGAACUAAAAGAUGUUUCCCUCAACUUCAAAAACUGUGAAGAGCUAUUUCCUGGUUUGAUGCAAGUCAGUUGGAUUAUGGAAGGAGAGAGCAUAAUUAUUCAACUAGAAGGGAAAGUUGGCGAAAACGAAUACCUUGCAUUUGGACGAAGCGGAAAUGAAGACAAAGUGGAAAUGACUGGUGCUGACGUAAUUCUCGCUUUUUAUGACAAAGAAAAAUCUAUGGCUCGGGUUGUGGAUUACUUUAUAAACAGUAAAUCUCAGUGUACAGGAACUAGUGGUGUUUGUCCUGACGUAAGGUUUGCUGGUAAAGAAGAUGCCGUCCUUAUAACGUGGCAACGAAUAAACGGAAUUCUUAAAGUGGUUUAUAAAAGGCUACUAAAAACAGGAGACGCUCGAGAUCAAGAAAUACCAUCCUCAGGUGGAAUGACGAUAGUAGCAGCUGUUGGAAACCUUAACUCUCAGAUGGAAGCAGCCUACCAUAGCCGUGCUUACUUGGAAGAUACUAUCCGAAUUGACUUUGGUCGGAAUCCAGUCUCCAAAUGUUCACUGCUAGAAGGUAAAAUGGAUAAAGACAAGAAGGAUAUGACGCCAUGGAAGUCAGCAAAAAUCUCUGGAGUAACAGAGUUUAGGGCACAGAUCGGUCCUUCUGGAGGUGCCAAAGGUUAUACAGCAAUCACAGGUGUCCAGUCAUGGGGAGUAGCUUGGUGGAUCAAUGGACUCUUGAUACCAGAAAUAACAGUGGAACGAUAUCAGAAUUAUACUUUUAUAAUUGAGGGUGGUGAGGAUCCAUCCAACACCGCUAAAUACCACCCACUAUAUAUCACUAACAACCCCGAGGGUGGAGGGAGCCAGGUCUUGGAUCAGCUUAAUUCAUCU